AUGGGCCCAUACAUCACGCUUCCCGACGCCGUGGACGAAGUAGACGUCGUCAUCGCCGGAGGAGGCACAGCCGGCUGCGUAGUCGCCGCCCGCCUCGCCGCGGCGCUGCCCUCGCUGUCGCUGCUUCUGAUCGAGGGCGGCGCCGACAAUGCCGGCAACCCGACGGUGUCCCACCCCUUACUCUUCUUUACCCACCUAGACCCCAAGUCGCCGAACAACAUCAUGUACACGUCUUCAAGCCCCGAACCGCAGCUCGCGGGCCGCCAGCUGGCGAUUCCCGCCGGCGGAAUAUUGGGAGGCGGCUCGUCGAUCAACAUGAUGGCGUACAGCCGCGCGCUGCUGAGGGACUGGGACGCAUGGGAGACUGAGGGGUGGAGGGGCGAGAAUAUGAUUCCGUUUUUGAAAAAGUUCGAGACCUACGUCGGUCCCGGUGACGCAGCCAUGCACGGAUCCUCGGGCCCCAUCCAGGUCUCCCGAGGAACAUUCGCCUCGCCCCGGGCAGCGACACAGUUCAUCUCCGCCGCGGAGUCGCUCGGCUUCCCCGAGGUCGAGGACCUCAACGACCUCGUGACCGCCAGCGGCGUGCAGCGGCAGCUGCGGUACAUUUCGCCCUCGGGCCUGCGGCAGGACGCGGCGAGCCGGUACCUGCGCCCGCUACUAGAAGACGAGCGGCGCCAAAACCUGCACGUGCUGCUGGAGCAUAGGGUGGGGAGGGUAUUGUUCGAGGGCACGCGUGCCGCGGGGGUUGAGUUCAUGGCCAACCCAGAGUUCCAGCGGGACGAGCCACCAAAGGCACGCAGUGUGCGCGCCAGGAAGAUGGUGGUGGUGUCAUGUGGCUCGCUGGCGUCGCCGUCGGUGCUGGAGCGGUCGGGCGUGGGCAGCGCGAGCGUGCUGCGCCGCGCUAGGGUGGAGCAGAUCGUGGCUGACCUUCCCGGCGUGGGCGAGGGAUACCACGACCAUCCGCUCAUUUUACACUCGUACCACACGGCGCUGGAACCGAGUGAGACGAUAAACUCUGCGCUGACGGACCCCGAGGUGCUGGGGAAGUGGCUGCAGGAAGGGAACGAUAUUCUGGGCUCGAAUGCACAGGAGGUGGCGUUCAAGGUGCGGCCUAGCGACGAGGAUGUCGCGGGUAUGGGGAGGGAAUUCCAGCAUCGCUGGGAGAGGGAAUUCAAGAACGGGCCGCCGCGGCCGUUGGUGGGAGGGGCUUUGGUUAUGGCCUGCCUUGAGGAUCCCUCACCGGCACCACGGCAGAACAUCUCCAUCUCCAGCUUUAACCUCUACCCGGAGUCGCGCGGCUCCCUGCACAUCACGGGGCCCAGCCCCAGCGACCCGGUCGACUUCCACAGCGGCAUUCUCUCGGACCCGGCCGGUAUCGACUUGACGGAACAGGUGUGGGCGUACAAGACGCAUCGCGAGAUGAUCCGGCGCACGCCCAUGUACCGCGGGGAGGUGGCCGUGACGCACCCACGUUUCCCAGCCGGUUCUGCGGCCGCGUGUGUCUACUUGGACAUAACGGCCGAUGCGGAGGAGGAAGAAUCGACCAAGCGGCGUCGGGAGCGGCUCACGUACACGGCCGAGGACGACGCAGCGAUAGAGCAGUGGUUGCGCGAGCACAUCGGCACGGCGUGGCAUCCUCUUGGUACGUGCAAGAUGGCGCCGCGCGAGAAGGGCGGCGUGGUGGACAAGAACUUAAGUGUUUAUGGCGUGCAGGGACUCAAGGUCGCGGAUCUGAGUAUUGCUGCGGGGGGCAUUGGCGCCAACACGUGUAACUCGGCCUUUGCGGUUGGCGAGAAGGCGGCUGAUAUCUUCAUUCGGGAAUUGGUUGGAGAUAGUCAAGCGUGA